CCUUCCCCUCCGGCCCCCUUGGUUACAGAACCUACCUGUUCCAGGUCCCCCCCCCCAACGUCAUCACCCUGCGCCCGUCUGGUUUUCCCGGGAGGGCAGAGGAAGCUGCAGCUGUGGACUCUGUGAAGGCGAUAACAUCUGCCUUUUCAGUUGCGUCUCUGGAGGGCCAGACCUGGCUCAGAGUAGGGAGCUGACAUGUUGGUGCUGCCCCCAGGACUGAGUGAGGAAGAAGAAGCAUUGCAGAAGAAAUUCAGCAAACUCAAGAAAAAGAAAAAAGCAUUAUUGGCUCUUAAGAAGCAGAGUAAUAGUAGCACAGCCAGCCAGGGGGGCGUCAAACGCUCUCUAUCAGAGCAGCCUGUGGUAGACACAGCCACAGCAACAGAGCAGGCUAAACAGCUGGUAAAAUCAGGAGCUAUCAGUGCCAUUAAAGCGGAGACCAAGAAUUCUGGCUUCAAGCGGUCACGAACUCUAGAGGGAAAAUUGAAGGAUCCAGAGAAGGGCCCAGCCCCUACUUUUCAGCCAUUUCAGCGAAGCAUCUCAGCCGAUGAUGACUUGCAGGAGUCAUCCAGACGUCCCCAGAGGAAAUCUCUAUAUGAGAGCUUUGUUUCAUCCAGUGAUCGGCUUCGGGAACUAGGACCAGAAGGGGAGGAAUCAGAAGGUCCAGGGGGUGGUGAUGGCCCUCCCCGAAGCUUUGACUGGGGCUAUGAGGAGCGAAGUGGUACCCCCUCUUCAGCCUCCCCACCCCGAAGCCGAAGUCGAGAUCGCAGCCAUGAGAGGAACCGGGAAAGGGAUAGGGACCGGGAUCGAGACAGAGACCGGGAUAGGGACAAGGACCGAGACCGGGAUCGAGACCGGGACAAAGAACGUGAUCGAGACCGAGACAGAGAACGUGAUCGGGACAGGGACCGAGACCGGGAUCGGGACAGAGACCGAGAUCGGGACAGGGACCGAGACCGGGAUCGAGAAGGCCCUUUCCGAAGGUCUGAUUCAUUCCCUGAGUACCGAGGUCCACGUAAGGGAAACACACUAUAUGUAUCUGGAACAGAUAUGACACCCACCCUCCUUCGUGGAGCCUUCUCACCCUUUGGGAACAUCAUUGACCUUUCCAUGGACCCACCCCGAAACUGUGCCUUUGUCACCUAUGAGAAGAUGGAAUCAGCAGAUCAGGCAAUAGCCGAGCUCAACGGGACCAAGGUAGAAUCUGUGCAACUCAAGCUGUACAAAGCAGCCCUAAGGGCUGCCAUCGGGACAAGAGGACCCAGAUUGUCUACAAUGAUGAUGUCUAUAAAGAAAACCUUGUGGAUGGGUUCUAGGCAGCUGGAAGAGGGGGAAGGAAAAUCCCUCCUCUCCUCCCUCUCCUCCUCUUCCCCCCACUCCCGUCCCCCAUCCCCCAUCCACUCCCCAUCCAGGUCUCAGUAAAAACCACUGAGGUGGAUAUUCAGUUAA